CGGGACUUCGCGCAGCUCACACACCUGCAGUUACAAACAGAAAUGGAGAGUCAGUGACGAGCAGCCGGCGACACGCAGCAAGGAGCUUUAUCACCAAAUUACACCGAGCUUUGCAUCAUGACCAGGUAGCUGUUCGGAGUGAUGGGGUUUUUCAGGCAGCUCUUCCUCCUGCUCUGGAAGAACGUCACAUACCGCAGGAGGAACAAGAUCCAGCUGAUCAUUGAGCUCCUCUGGCCACUUGUCCUCUUCGUCAUCCUCAUCGCUGUUCGGCAUUCACAUCCUCCUUACAAACAGAGCCAAUGUCACUUUCCAAACAAAGCUUUGCCAUCCGCAGGCACCUUGCCCUGGGUUCAGGGCAUUAUCUGCAAUAUCAACAACCCCUGCUUCCACAGCCCGACACCAGGGGAGAUGGUGGGCCAAGUUGGCAACUUUGACAACUCCAUAUUGUCUCGUCUCUUCGUCGACGCCCAGACUCUUCUGUCCUACAGUGGAAACCGGAGCUUCUCUGGCUUUCAGGACCUGAUGGAGAGUGUCCGAAGAUUGGGAGAGAGACCUGGAGCCUGGCCAAAUCUCCCCGUAAAAGAAUACCUGCGAGUCAAUGAGACAUUCUCCACCUUCCUCCUGACGAAUAGCAGCCUGUCGCCUGCGACUGUGGACCAGUUGCUGAAGGCUCGGCUCAAUUUUCAAGUUUCUAUGGCUGGCGCUCAGCUGCAGCUGAAAGACAUAGUGUGUAAUGCGAGCAUGUUGAGACGGUUUCUGACGGUGGAUGGAGGAGAAGAUGCCAUGAAUGAGCUUCAGACUCAGCUGUGUGACGUGCCAGCCGACAUCCUGCAGGAGGCCGAGCGCCUCUUCCUCUCUCAGCUCGACCUUACCAAGUUCGUUACGAGAGACCUUCUGAUGGCUAACGCUGAAGACCUCCGGGUCAUCAGUCAGACCGUCACCUCAGUUUCUCGGCAGCUGGCAGUUCUCAUUGAUGAUUUCUCGUCUCUGUCCAGUUUUGCAGAGAUGAACGCAGCUGUCCGUCUUCUGUCUCCGGAGAAUCGCUCGUCACUGCCCAGGGAGAGUUUUCGUGCUUUUUCAAGGAUCAUGUGCGGUCACCCUGAGGUUGGCGGUGAGCGAAUCCCAUCACUCAACUGGUAUGAAGACAACGACAUAAAAUCCUUCUUAGGGAAAAAUGGCACUGAAGACACAGACCUGGACCAGGACAACAACACCACUCCAUUCUGUAAAAGUUUGAUCCGAGGGCUGGAGUCCAACCCUCUGUCUCGCAUUGUGUGGCGAGGAAUAAAACCUCUGUUUAUUGGAAAACUGCUGUACACACCAGACACUCCUGCAGUACGACAAGUCAUGAAAGAGGUGAACAAGACUUUUGAGGACCUGCAGAUCCUCCAGGAGCUGAAUGAGGUCUGGGUGGAGGUUGGACCACGGAUCAAGAAUUACAUGGAGAGCAGUGCUGAGAUUCAACUGCUGCAGGAUUUGUUGAGGCGGCCAGAGGUGGCCGUACUGGUCAACCUGCGUUUGGAGAACACAUCCUGGACAGCCUCACGGAUCGCACAUUUCCUGUCCACACCCUCGCCAGAUACGCCAAGACAGCCUGGAGCACCACCCACCUGGCUGGACAUCUAUAACGACCUCGGCCACACCAUCACCACUCUCGCACAAGUCACUGAGUGUUUCUCCCUGAACAAGCUCGAGGGGUUGGAGACUGAAGGUCAGAUGGUUGAUAGAGCUCUGGAGCUUCUGGAGGACAGGCAGUUUUGGGCCGGUGUGGUUUUCCUGCUGCCCAACUCUUCAUCCCCUGACCUGCCGCCCCAUGUCACCUACAAAAUCCGAAUGGACAUUGAUGAUGUGACCCGGACCAACAAGAUCAAAGACAGGUUUUGGGAUCCUGGUCCAGCAGCUGACCCAUUUAAUGACAUGCGCUACAUUUGGGGCGGCUUCGUGUACGUCCAGGACCUGGUGGAAAGAGCUGUGAGCCGCAUCCUGACCGGAGUUCAAGAAACAACUGGCAUCUACAUCCAGCAGAUGCCCUACCCCUGCUAUGUGGAUGAUGUUUUCCUUCGAGUGCUGAAUCGCUCACUGCCACUGUUCAUGACACUGGCCUGGAUCUACUCGGUGGCUAUGAUCGUUAAAGGCGUGGUGUACGAGAAGGAGGCGAGGCUGAAGGAAACCAUGAGGAUUAUGGGUCUGGGAACAGGAACACUGUGGCUCAGCUGGUUCAUCAGCAGCAUCGUUCCUUUCCUGAUCUCUGCUGAACUUCUUAUAGUUCUGCUCAAGUGGGGGGACAUCCUUCCAUACAGCGACCCAUCCGUGGUGUUUUUCUUCCUGACGGCGUUUGCCACCGCCACCAUCAUGCAGUGUUUCCUCAUCAGCACCUUCUUCUCCAAAGCCAACCUGGCUGCUGCAUGUGGGGGGCUUAUAUACUUUGGCCUCUACCUGCCCUACGUACUGUGUGUGGCCUGGAGAGACCGCCUCAACACCAAACACAGAGUCCUUGCUAGUUUUCUGUCUCCUGUGGCCUUUGGCUUCGGCUGUGAGUAUUUCUCUCAGUAUGAAGAGCAAGGCGUGGGCAUUCAGUGGUACAACCUCCGCUCCAGCCCUGUGGAGGGAGACUCGUACAACUUCACUACCUCUAUAGUCAUGCUUUAUGUGGACGCCUUCAUCUAUGCCAUCGCAGCCUGGUACAUCGAAGCAGUUUUUCCUGGUGAAUAUGGGAUCCCCAAGCCCUGGUACUUUAUCUUCCAGAUGAACUUCUGGGCUGGAAUUCCCCUGGAGACGGGCAUGCCGAUCCCCCCUGCACCCACAGAGCAUAGUGAAGAUCACAUUGAACCAGAACCCACUAACCUGUCCCUCGGUGUGAACAUCAAUAACCUGGUGAAAAUAUACAAGAAGGGAGGCAAACUGGCCGUCAAUCACCUCAACCUAAAGUUCUACGAGGGGCAGAUCACGUCUUUCCUCGGGCACAACGGAGCCGGCAAAACCACCACCAUAUCUGUUCUGACUGGCCUGUUCCCACCUACCUCUGGCACAGUGUACAUCAAGGGGAUGGACAUACGUGAUGACAUGGACACCAUCCGGGGAUUGCUGGGAGUUUGUCCUCAGCACAAUGUCCUGUUUGACAUAUUAACAGUUGAGGAGCAUGUGUGGUUUUAUGGAUGCCUGAAGGGUAUGUCUGAAGCAGAGGUGAAAGCCGAGCUUGACACUCUGCUGGGUGACGUUGGCCUGCUGCACAAACGACACGAACAGACCAAAAACCUCUCUGGUGGCAUGCAGAGGAAGCUCUCUGUGGCGAUAGCAUUUGUUGGAGGCUCUAAGGUGGUUGUCCUGGAUGAACCCACGGCCGGGGUUGAUCCUUACUCCCGCAGAGGAAUCUGGGAUCUGCUGCUCAAAUACCGCAAAGACAGGACCAUCAUCCUGUCCACUCACUACAUGGACGAGGCGGAGUUGCUGGGUGACCGGAUCGCCAUCAUCUCCCAGGGGAAGCUGUGCUGCUGUGGUUCACCGCUCUUUCUGAAAUCCUGCUUUGGAUCUGGCUACUACCUCACUGUGGUGAAGAGGGAGGGACUGGAAACCAGCACUCCCAGCAGCACCAGCAUCAGCACCAGUACCAGCAUCAGCACCAACAAGCUGCCCCCUCUCAGGGACAGUGAGUCAUCCAUGAGUGAAGACACCGGGCUGGGAAGUGAGGCGAGCAGCUCCUACCUUGCAGCGUUGCUCUCUCUGGCACAGCACCACAUCCCGGGUGCGAGGCUGGUGGAGGAGUCGGGGCGCGAGGCGGUGGUCAACCUGCCACAGACGGCUGCAAAGGACACCAGCCUGGCAAUCUUCCUGUGUGAACUGGAUCAGAGGCUGAUCGAGCUGGGCAUCAGCAGCUACGGCCUGUCAGACAGCACACUGGAGGAGAUCUUUUUGCGAGUGGCGGAGGAAACUGGCGUGGAUGCUGAACCAGAGCAGCAGGUUGGAUCUCCUCACAGGCAGCAGCCAUCAGCCGGGCAGAGGGCAGAGAGACAACAUGCUGAAGAACCAGAGACAGGAAGGAAAAGACUUCGUAAGAAAGAACCUCAGGAGACAGACCUACUGAGUGGAGAUGGCCGAGGUGGGAUUCCCAUGACCGGCUGGUGGCUGACAUGGCAGCAGCUGAGGGCUCUCUUCAUCAAACGCUGGCUCUAUGCUCGAAGGAGCCGCAGAGGUUUCUUCGCUCAGAUUGUCCUGCCUGCUGUGUUUGUGCUGGUCGCUUUGCUCUUCAGCCUCAUUGUGCCUCCGUUUGGAAAGUACCCCGCACUGCAACUGCAGCCCUGGAUGUACGGAGAACAGUACACCUUCUUCAGCAAUGACGCGCCUGGGAACCCGGCCAUGGAGAACCUACUGGAAGCUCUGCUGGACGAGCCAGGUUUUGGUACCAACUGCAUGGACAAAGAGGAAGAAAACAAUAGGGCGGGUCCUCAGUGUGAAAAGGGGCGUGGUGGUCUGUUCAUGCGACCACAGGUCCCCUACACCACCUGGCAAAUGUUCAGCACAGGCAACUGGAGCAGAGACAGACCCUCACCUGACUGUCAGUGUAGCACAGAGGACGUACGCCGGAUGCUCCCCGACUGCCCACAGGGGGCCGGUGGACUGCCGCCUCCACAGAUUAAGAGGCUGACUGGAGACAUCCUCCAAAAUCUGACAAGCUAUAACAUCUCUGAUUACCUGGUGAAAACCUACUCUCAGAUCCUCAAGAAAAGCUUAAAAACCAAGAAGUGGGUGAAUGAAUUCAGAUACGGAGGCUUCUCCCUUGGGGCCAGCGGCACUCAGACUUUACCUCACAUCGACGAUGUCGAGGACUCAGUAAUGGCAAUCAGGGCUCGUUAUCGAGUUCCACAGAACAGUUCACUGGAUCAUCUGCUGAACAGACUGCCGGGUUUUCUAGCAGGACUGAACAGUCAAAACAAUGUCAAGGUGUGGUACAAUAACAAAGGAUGGCAUGCCAUGGUGUCAUUUGUCAACGUGAUGAACAACGGCUUGCUGAGAGCGAGUCUGCCACCAGGUCCAGAGAGGAGAAAACACGGCAUCACUGCCUACAACCACCCGCUCAACCUCACCAAGGAACAACUCACCGAAAUGGCCAUGAUGACUACAUCGGUGGACGUUCUAGUUUCCAUCUGUGUGAUCUUUGCCAUGUCCUUUGUGCCAGCUAGCUUUGUCCUUUUUCUGAUUGAGGAGCGAGUCAGCAAAGCCAAACACCUUCAAUUUGUCAGUGGUGUCAAACCGAUCCUCUACUGGCUGGCCAACUUCACCUGGGACAUGCUGAACUACACCGUCCCUGCCACCAUGGUGGUGCUGAUCUUCAUCAGUUUUCAGCAGCAGUCAUACGUCUCAGAGACCAACCUGCCUGCUCUCGUCCUCCUGCUCUUGUUCUACGGAUGGUCCAUCACCCCUCUGAUGUACCCAGCAUCCUUUAUGUUCACCGUCCCCAGCACAGCCUAUGUCGUUCUGACCUCCAUCAACCUCUUUGUUGGAAUCAAUGGCAGUAUCGCCACCUUUGUCCUGGAGCUGUUUGUUGAUGAGCAUCUGAACGAGGUGAACAGGAUCCUAAAGAAAGUGUUUCUCAUCUUUCCACACUUCUGCCUGGGACGGGGACUCAUUGACAUGGCCAAAAACCAGGCCAUGGUAGACGCCUUCAAUAGACUGGGCACAAAGCAGACCCUGGACCCUCUUCAGUGGGACUUUGUGGGGAAGAACCUGUUUGCGAUGGCAGCUGAAGGUGUUGUCUUCUUCAUCUUCACCAUACUGCUGCAAUACAAGUUCUUCAUUCGCUUCAGGCCGUGGUGGGUCGAGCAUGAGAUGCCUCCUCUCGGUCCAGAGGAUGAGGACGUCACCAGGGAGAGAGCGAGGGUCCUAAAUGGCAAAGCCCAAUCAGACAUUCUCACCAUGAUCAACCUGAGCAAGGUUUAUAAAGCAGGCAUGAAGCCGGCGGUGGAUCGUCUCUGUCUUGGGAUUCCUCGUGGCGAGUGUUUUGGCCUGCUCGGGGUGAACGGAGCAGGGAAGACCUCCACCUUUCGCAUGCUGACCGGAGACACGGCCAUCACCUGUGGAGAGGCUUUCCUUAAUCACCACAGUGUGCUGACAGAGAUGGAGCGAGUCCACCAGCUGAUGGGUUACUGUCCACAGUUUGACGCCAUCAGCGACCUGCUGACGGGUCGGGAACAUCUGGAGCUGUACGCCCGCCUACGGGGAGUCCCAGAGGAGUCUGUCACCAAGGUGGCACAGUGGGGCGUGAAGAAGCUGGGACUGACCCAGUACGCUGAGCGGGAGGCUGGAGGCUACAGUGGAGGCAACAAGAGAAAGCUCUCCACUGCCAUCUCUCUCAUCGGGGCGCCGCCUGUUAUAUUCCUGGAUGAGCCGACCACCGGCAUGGACCCAAAAGCCAAAAGGUUUCUGUGGAACUGCAUCCUCAGCGUCACCAAAGAGGGAAGAGCUGUAGUUCUUACAUCCCACAGUAUGGAGGAAUGUGAGGCUCUCUGCACCAGAAUGGCCAUCAUGGUCAACGGCAGAUUCCAGUGUCUCGGAUCUGUACAACAUCUAAAGAACAGGUUUGGUGACGGCUACACCAUCAUCCUCCGGCUGGAUGACACUAACUUUGACCCGGACUCGUGUCCCAUUAGCCCCUACAUGAAGAAUGCUUUCCCCAGCAUCGAGCUGAAGGAGCGUCACCAGAACGUGCUGCAGUACCAGCUGCCAUCACACGCCUGCUGCCUGGCUCGUGUGUUCGAUGUGCUGGGCAACAACUACGAGGAUCUGGGCAUCGUCGACUUCUCUGUUUCACAGACAACUCUGGACCAGGUUUUUGUCAACUUUGCCAAGGAGCAAACUGACGACCUCACAGAGGUGGUCAUCGGCAACAGAACAGUACAGACCAACGUGACCGUCCAACCACAGCCGCCAAUCACACCUCCUCGGUCAAGCAAGACUCUACAGCAGCAUGAGAAAUCAUCUGACAGCAAACCGAAAGAGGGUAAAUCAACAAAGGCGAACGCUAACAAGGUCAAAUCUAAAGAAGGCAAAGCUAACGGAGAGAAAAGCAGCAGUACAGCAAUGACCAGAAUGCCUCAGCCAGAGGAGACGAAUCAGGUGAGCCGACGUGGCAGCAGUGGAUCAAACAGCAGUAGUGGUGAAGUUCAGGGAGAAUCCAGUAAACACAAAGCAGGGAGCUCCAGUAAACAUCCUUCUGCACUCUUUAUGGUCGCCAGCAACACACAGGACAGCGCACUGUGAAGUGGACUGAUGCAACAUGAGUUGAAAGGACCAACUACAGUCAAAAUCUUUUUAUUACUCACUGUAUAUUCAUUUGAAUGUUGCUCAAUGUUGGCAGCGACCUCGAUAUGCAACAUGGAACAGUGGACAGUGAAAAAGAUGGGCUUUAAAGGAUGUUUUAGUGAAAGAGUCAUUACAGGUAAAUUUAUCUGAAGACAGAACCAAAAGUUAUUGCUUCCUGAUGUAGCUUUGGUGCCUUGUUCAUCCUGUUAACAGACCUGUAGCUUUAUACCCUUUAUUUGGGUUCAUAAAUCGUACACUGUGUCUUUCCAUAUCAAUCGCAUCACUCCAAAGUUAUUGUUUAUUUAUCCUGAAACAACAUUAUGCAAAGCUCAAUGUAAAAACAAGGGGUGGUGUUCCUCAGGGCUCAAUCAUUAGACCCCUCGCAAUCAUCUUUAUUUGCAGAAAGCACUUUAAAAAAAAAAGAAAAUGCUGCAAAGUCAAACAGUAGCUGGAGUACACAAGUUACACGUAAUUAUUGAAAUUAUUUUGUAGUUCAUUUGAGGAGUUGUUUCUGAACAUUAUUAUACAGAAGUAUCUCUUAUGUGGAGAGACAUGUUCUGCAAGUUCAUGGUUAAAUACCUCUCAAAUGUUUAAUGAUGAACUUUACAAGUGUUAUUGUUUUGUAAAUCAAGAAUAUAUUUUGUCUUUAUCUCUUUAAUUUAUUUUGUGUGAUUUAUUGUUGUGUAACAGUGUGACUAUCCAAACAGAGGGUAUUUUUCUUUACUUCUGCCUGGUAUUCACUGUCAUAGAGGAAGUCAUCUAGACCCGCACAGCUUAUCGCAACAUCUGGAAACCUAAUAAAAUAUUUUCAUAUUGUUCAAUAUGUUAAAUAUUAUUUACAUGUUAAAUUAUUGAUACAGUUCAGGCACACAGGUGUGUCUACAAACUCUGGUACAAAACACUCCAAAUUCAAUUAACUACAAUUAAAAAAAUAGUAGCAUUCAGUCUGACAUGAGACAUGACACCAUGACACAGCUGACUGAAUGUCCAAAGCAGGCUGCACUAUAAUGCAGUGUUACAUAUUCAAAAGAUUGUUACAAUAGUAACUAUAGGCAUGAGACAAACAAAGUAUCUGAAGGGUUUCAUUCCAAAAUGUGUAAAGUGUUGUAUUAAAAUAAAAUGUUAAAAAACGUUACAUGAACCUGAACAUUAAGCUGGUUUAAACAGUUGACGUCCCAUUCUGAAAUGAAAGUCUGUCCUACUGAAUGUACUUUAAUUAUGCUUGAAAAGAUCUACUUGAACAUUAAUUUAUCUGUGCACCUACUAUAAAAUGUAUCUUAUAUACUGAAAAUAUGCUAGUAUAGAGAAAAAAACGGGUACAUGUCUGUUGUAAAUGUUUUGUCCUUAAGGAAAAUAAAACUUUAUGGUUUCCUGUUUAAUUUUUACAAA